AACUAGCAAAACGAACAGAAUAGACGUAUAUGAAAUAAAUCAGCAGGAAGAAAGCCAGAGUCAAUACGCACAGUGUUUUGUGAAUGAUACCGUCAAAAUGUUUGGAAGGAAUGUUAUACCAGAGAAAAGAAACUAAAACAGCCGCAAGAGGUCUCAAGAAGAGGAAGAAGCAGCUGGUCCGCUCCACUCCAUUGGUGUGCAGGGAGAGCAGCAGUAGGUCUCCGGCAGAGAUGUCUCAUCUGGUCACGAGAGUUACCACACAUAGCCGUAAAGUAUGUUCCCUGUACAAGCGGUCCCUCAGGAACCUGGAGGCGUGGUAUGACAGACGAUAUAUGUAUCGGUAUCGUGCUGUACUUCUUCGGGCAAGGUUUGAUGAGAACAAGGACAUUAAAGAUAUGAGGGUAGCACAGCAACUCUUGGAUGAAGGCGAGAAAGAACUGUUCAGUGUGAUUCAUUACCAGCCACGCCAGUUUGCAUACUCUCCUGGUGGUGUGGCUCAUGGACGUGAGGUGGUGCCCCCUGAUUGGGUGCUGGACUAUUGGCACCCCAUGGAGAAAGCUGCUUAUCCAGAAUACUUUGCCAGGCGUGAACAGCGUAAGAAGGAGUACGUCGAAUGGUGGGAAAAGACCUAUGGCAAGCCAGCAGAACCAGCACAUUAAUUGUGGCAGCACAUUUAACCUGUGCAUUUUGUAAAUAUAUACAAUAUAUUGAUAAUUAUGUCUUAUAGGGUGAUUCUCAAAAUUCUGCAGUCUUGCUUAAAUACUUUGAAAGAAUAAACUGUUAAAUAAU